AUGGCCGGCCGACCAUUCCAGCUUCACACCCCAACAGGCGGAACCUCGCACACUGGCUACUUGCGCGUGCCGCAGAUCGGCGUGCGCCCGCACGUGUCCGCCGACCGGCGCCUGCCCCAUCGCCCGCCGUCCCGCGCCCCCAGAGCGGCGCUCGUCGCGGAGUCCGCUUCCAGCGCGGAGAGCAAUGUGACUGUAACGGGCGAUGCAGAGGAGCAGCUUAGAGCGUCAGCAGCGGAGGGGGCCGCGGAGGAGGGCGGAACAUUCGAGUGGAGCCGCGCGUGGUACGCGGUGGGCGUGGCGGCCGACAUGGACGCGGCUCGCCCGCACGCCGUCACCGUCGUGGGGCGCCCGCUCGUUCUUUGGCGCGACGCGAGUGGCGCGUGGCGCUGCUUCCUCGACCAGUGCCCGCACCGCCUCGUUCCGCUCUCCGAGGGGCGCAUAGACGCGGAGGGGCGGCUGGCGUGUUCGUACCACGGGUGGGCGUUCGCAGGCAGCGGCGCGUGCGAGGUCAUCCCGCAGGCCGCCCCGGAGCAGCCGGGCCAGCCCCCCCGCGCCGUGUGCUCCCUGCGCGAGUGCGCCACUGCCUUCCCCGUGAGGGAGUUCCACGGAGUGUUGUUCGUGUGGCCGGACGAGCACUCAGCAGAGCAGGCGGAGGCGACGGCGCUGCCGCUGCCGGAGGGCGUGGAGUGGGGCGAGUAUUCGGUGCUGCCGCACUACACGCGGCGCCUGGCGUACGAGGUGCUGGCGGAGAACGUGGUGGACCUCUCCCACUUCCCCUUCGCCCACCACGGCGUCGGCAUGACCACCCGCGCCCAGGGCGGGCCCGUCAGCGACCUCGCCAUGAAGCAGCUCGGCGUGAGGGGCUUUGAGGGGCCCAUCCACGUGUUUGGCUUCCCCACCUACCUGCGCUUCCAGGCGCCGCAACUCGUCUACUACCACAAUACCAUCAGGCCACGCCCCCCCAAGUUCUCCUUGCUGCCGAGGAAGGAUCCCAGCUCGCUGGCGCCCAACACGUACCUGCUGCUGCUCUACAUCACGCCCUGUGCACCCGGCAGCAGCCUGGCGGUGCAGGUGCAGCUGGUGAGGCGCGGCGACGGCAAGAAGCUGCCCUCCGUGCCGCGCUGGGUGCUGCACCUCCGCCAGCACCAGGUGUUUGAUG